GAAGGAGGGAGGAAAAAAAAAAAGAAGCCAACUCAUCUGACACAAACAGUGGGCCAAAGAAAGGGGAAGAGCAGGAGCAGCACUGUCCAGGGCGAGGAGUGGAAAAUCAAAGUUUGAGGAGUGCAAAGAGGGACGAGACGGAGAGGGAGAGAGUCUGAAAGUCUGCUGAACAGAGGGAGAGAAAGAGAGUUUGAGCUGCCAAACAAAAGAAGAGAAACGGGGUUGAAGCAGAGAGGGCCCCAGCUUUUUGAGAGAGAACAGGAUGUCGACGCUACCAUCAGACAACAGCCCUGAAGAUGCCAACAACCGCAGCUUCUGGAUGCCUGGGAACUAUCAGCGCACUGUGAAGCGGACAGAAGAUGCCUUCCAGGCCUGUAAUGACAUUGUGGCGUGUUUCCAAGAGAGAGCCCGCGUGGAGCGGCAGUACGCCCAGCAGCUCAGUGAAUGGAGCAACAAGUGGAAGCCAGUAGUGGACUCCAGUCCUCUAUACGGAUCUCUCAUGAAGGCUUGGCAGUGUUUUCUGUCUUCCGCUGACCGGCUGGCCUCCUUGCAUGCGUCCAUCUGUCGCUCCCUGGUGUCUGAGGAUGGAGACAAGGUCAGGACCUGGCAGAAGGACACCUUCCAUAAGAAGUUAUUCGGAGGAUUUAAGGAGUCCCAAGACACCGAAACAGGCUUUAUAAGAGCUCAGAAGCCAUGGGCAAAACGUCUCAAAAAGCUGGACAAAGCCAGGAGGGCGUACCACAAAGUGAGCCGGAAGGAGCAGGUGGCCAGAGAGCGAGAGGCGCACGCUCAGGGAAACCCGGACGUCGCCAUCGACAAACAGAAGAAGAUCCAGGAGGAGAGAGAGCUGGCUCAGCAGGAGGCUGAUAAAGUCCGGGCCCGCUACGAGAAAGUCCUGGAGGAAGUGAACCGCUACGCCCCGCGCUACAUGGAGGAGAUGGAGUCCAUCUUUGACACAUCACAGGACGAGGAGCGCAAGAGGAUCGUCUUCCUCAAACAGGCCCUCCUCUCCAUCCACAAACAUCUGGACAUCACCAACAACGAGAGCGUGCGAGCCGUGUAUGACGAGCUCCACAACACUCUGAUGGGCAUCGACGAACACGAGGACCUCCGCUGGUGGAAGAACACUCACGGGCCCGGGAUGCCCACCGACUGGCCUCACUUCCAGGAAUGGACACCUGAGAAGAAAACCAAGAAAGGAAAAGAAACAAAGAAAGUGGUCGAGAAGAAGGGAACAAUAGAGAGGAGUGCGAUGAUCGGAGGAGUGAGAGUAAGAGCUCUGUAUGAUUAUGUUGGCCAGGAGACAGACGAGCUGUCAUUUAAAGCAGGCGAGGAGUUCUUGAAGGUGGAGGAUGAGGAUGAUCAGGGCUGGUGUCGAGGGAUGAAGGACGACGGCUGGGAGGGGCUUUACCCCGCUAACUAUGUGGAGGUGGUGUAGUUCAAGCAUGUCGAAUGAGAGAGAAACAUCACGCUUCAUUUCACUGAAGUCACAACCUUUUGUUAAACGUCUGAACGUCUGAAACAUCGAACCAAUGCUGUAAAAACAACGACAUGUAGCUGUUAGCCAAAGAUGUGUUUAAAACACAGGUUGUGUUUUCUCUUGAAGGAUUUAGAUCAAAUGUUUUAAUAUAUACAGUAUACAUAGACCACUUAUAUUGAAGCCAUAUAAUAACAAUGCUUUAAAGGAUGUAAGGUGUUGGUACGGUGCAUUAUGUAACCAAGCCAUGGUGCCUCAACUGCAUUACAGGACUGCUAUCCGCCUUGUUUCAUUGUUUUUGCACCUCAUUAUGUUCCAUUAAAACGCUCACAAAGCCUUUUAUAGUA